AUUCUUUAUGACAGGAAAUUUUUACCAGACUCAAAUUUGGAAGACAGAAGUGGCAGCCAUGUUGAUGUUGAAAAGCUGGACACUUUAUUUCGAAGUCUUGAUUAUAUCGUUGAAAUAUUUAACGAUUUUACUACGCAACAGAUUGAAGAUAAAAUUAAUUAUUAUUCCAAACAAAUCGAUCAUGGAAAUUAUGAUAGCUUUGUUUGCAUCUUUCUUAGCCAUGGAAUAUAUCGUUAUAUAUGUGGAAGCGAUGGCGCUGUUGAUCUUGAAAAGAUCUUUGCUCAGUUUCAAGGUCAUGAAUGUCCAACAUUAGCUGGUAAACCUAAAAUUUUUAUCAUUCAGGCUUGUCGAGGUAAAAAAUACGACCUUGGAGUAGAUAUUGUUGAUUCACCCCAUAGUGAAGAAAAUAACUCAGCUGUCGACAAAUUUGGAUAUAAACUACCAUCUGAGAGUGAUUUCCUUUUAGCUUACGCCACAACAAAUAAUUAUAAAGCGUUUCGAAAUAUGGAUCUUGGAUCCUGGUUUAUUCAGGAUUUAGUGACCAUCCUCACUAAAUAUCAUUCUCGUAUGGAUUUAUUGCGAAUGUUUACUCGUGUU